GGGGUUUUGGGUCCCCCCAGACCGCGUGAGGCCGACAGUGAGGAGGAGGAGGAGGAGGAGCCCCUGAGAUGAAGAAGCCGACGACGGACGAGGGCACGGCCAGCAGCGAGGUGAGGGCCACUGAGGAGAUGUCCAACCUGGUCACCUACAUUGAGCCCGUCAAGUUCAAAUCCUUCCAGGUGGCCCAGAAGCGCAACAAGAGCUUUGAGAUGUCGUCCUUCGUGGAGACGAAGGGGCUGGAGCAGCUCACCAAGAGCCCCCUCGAGUUCGUGGAGUACAACAAGAGGCAGCUGAGCCGGGUUUAUCCCAAGGGGACCCGCGUGGACUCCUCCAACUUCCACCCCCAGCUCUUCUGGAACGCCGGGGUGCACAUGGCAGCCCUCAACUUCCAGAGCUUGGACGUCCCCCUGCAGCUGAACCUGGGCCUGUUCGAGGCCAACGGGCGCUCGGGGUUUCUGCUCUGCCGAGCCCCCUAUGUCCCCCUGCAGCUGAACCUGGGGCUGUUCGAGGCCAACGGGCGCUCGGGCUUCUGCCUAUGUCCCCUGCAGCUGAACCUGGGCCUGUUCGAGGCCAACGGGCGCUCGGGGUUUCUGCUCAAGCCGGAGCCGCUGCGGCGCCCGCACAAAACCUUCGACCCCUUCGCCGAGGAGAGGCUGGACGGGAUCGUGGCCAACACCCUGCACGUCCAGGUGAUUUCGGGUCAGUUUCUCUCAGACCGCCGCUCGGGGGUGUUUGUGGAGCUCGAGGUUUUCGGGCUCCCCAUCGACACCCGCCGGAGGUUCCGCACCAGGACGAGCCAAGGGAACCCCUUCAACCCCGUCUGGGACGAGGGGCUCGAACUCAACAAGGUGCUGGGGGAACUGGGAGGGACUGGGAGGGACUGGGAGGGACUGGGAACCCCUUCAACCCCGUCUGGGACGAGGGGCCCGUCCUCAACAAG